GAUUGCAUCCAUCCUCAGCGGGGUCUGGGGUAUGAUAAUGAUGAUCCGUAUGGUCAGUGACUCCCUACCGGACUACAAAUUACAACAAAAGUUUGUGUGCCUCCAGUUGGUCCUUGUCUUAGCAAAGCUCCAGGGUUUGGUCCUAAGGAUUUGCGUUUGGGCUGAUUUGUUCCCCUGUAGAGCCCCAGUGACCUCUGCGGUGUAUGCGAAUUUGUUGUACAACUCGGCAAUGCUUUGGGAGAUGAUGAUCCUGUGCUCAUUUGCCCGCAUGCUGUACAAAAAAUAUCUGCCAGAGGUUUACUUCACCAAGCCUGUUCAGUUUCCACGCCACAUCAUCGGUGUCAUUGACAAGCUGGCCAAAGAAGAUCUGAAAAAUGACAGAACCCGGGAGGAUACGAAAACCACUUCAGCCAGGGAUAAAUUUUGACUCGAAGAAAUGAUUUAAAUUCUCUGUGAUUUUUUACUCCCUGAAGAGGUAUAAUGGUCUGUGGUAAGGCAGUAAAUGAUGGAAAAAAAAUUUCCCCUCUGAAAAUAUCAAAGGACCCAGUGAUGUAAAAGACUGAAUUUUUUUCCAAAAAUGUAGACUUCGAAUUUGUGUUUAUGUCUAUUUUUAUUUGUAGA